CAACUUCAAAUACCGAUACAAAAUUACAAACACACCUUAAAACAGCCAUACAUAAUUCAUAUUUUUCAUCAAAAGUUUUAUCUAAAAUCGUCUAGCUAGCAAUAGAUUUGAAAAAUAUUAAAUAUUUAUUUAAAUUUAGUUAUAAGUAGAUCAACAUGGUAUCACAAUUCAUACAUAAAUUUAAGCAACUUGAUGCUUAUGCCAAAACUUUAGAGGACUUUAGAGUAAAAACAGCUACUGGAGCAGUUAUUACCGUAACUGGAGCUGUAGUAAUGGUUUUGCUUAUUCUAUCAGAAAUGCACACAUAUUUGUCACCAAACAUAUCUGAAGAAUUAUUCGUUGACACAUCACGGGGACAUCAAUUAAGAAUUAAUUUUGACAUAGUAGUCCCAAGGAUAUCUUGUGAUUAUUUAGUGUUAGAUGCAAUGGAUUCCUCAGGAGAACAACAUCUUCAUUUGGAUCAUAACAUCCAUAAGAGACGAUUAGAUCUAAAUGGUAUCCCUAUAGAAGAACCUAAAAAGGAAGAAUUUCCAGUUUCUUCAUCUGUAAAACAAAAAACAUCUGAGAUUGCAACAGUCAAAUGUGGAAGUUGUUAUGGUGCAGCGUUUAAUGAAACACAGUGCUGUAAUACUUGUGAUGAUGUAAAGGAAGCAUAUAGACUAAGACGAUGGGCUUUACCAGACUUAGCAACAAUAGAACAAUGCAAAGAUGAUGACUCAGUAGAAAGAACUAAUCAAGCACUUAAAGAAGGCUGCCAAAUUUAUGGAUACAUGGAAGUUAACAGGGUUGGUGGAAGUUUUCAUAUAGCACCAGGCAAAAGUUUUACAAUAAACCAUGUCCAUGUUCAUGAUGUGCAACCCUUCUCAUCAUCAGUAUUCAACACAACUCAUAUAAUAAAACAUUUGUCAUUUGGAACAGAUAUCAAAAGUGCUAACACAGCUCCUCUCGAUGGUGUAAUUGGACUAGCUCAUGAAGGUGCUGUUAUGUUUCAGUACUAUUUGAAAAUAGUCCCAACAAUGUAUGUUCGAUUAGAUAACACUGUACUUCACACUAACCAGUUCUCAGUAACUAGACAUCAAAAAUCUGUUUCCAACGUUAAUACUGAAUCAGGAAUGCCUGGAGCAUUCUUUAGUUAUGAGUUAUCACCUCUAAUGGUUAAAUAUACUGAAAAAGGAAGGUCAAUUGGCCAUUUUGCUACCAAUAUCUGUGCAAUAGUUGGAGGUGUAUUCACGGUGGCUGGCAUAUUUGACACUCUUCUGUAUCAUUCUCUUAAUGCAUUUCACAACAAGGUUGUCUUGGGGAAAGCAGGCUAAAAUGAGAGACCUAACUAUAAUUAUAAAGUUUUCAAAAAUGUAUUAAAAUCAUCAAUGUUACAUUUUGCAUAAGCUUUGCAGAACUCUAAAUCGGACUUUUCAAUUAAAGCCUUAAGUGGAAUAUAGUUUUCUUUAUUUGGAUCAUAUUGAGCUCUUCCCAAACUAUCUAAAAACAUAUGACGUUGUUUCACUCUAAAAUUCCUGCAUAAAAGCACAUGUGGAGACUGUAGUAGUGUAUCAUGUGGUAUCUUAAUAAUAUUAUGGACGUAAUUGAAUCUUUCCAGCAAAGAUUUUUGAUCUGAAACAAAGUUACUAUUAAGAGUUUAUUGUUAUUUUUAAUAAAUUUAUAUUAUAUUCAA